AUGGCUCAGAAACAACGAACGAAUCAAGCUAUCACCCUCAAGGGGUCGACAGCGCUGGUCACAGAGUUCUUCGAGUACAGUGUGAAUAGCAUCCUUUAUCAACGAGGAGUUUACCCAAGUGAUGAUUUCCGAAUGGUCAAGAAAUAUGGUCUUCCAAUGCUUGUCACUGCGGAUGAUAAUUUGAAGGAAUACCUGACCACCAUCUUGUCCCAAGUACAGGAAUGGCUCCUCUCAUCAUCCAUCAACCGCCUAGUCCUAGCUAUCAAAUCCAUAGAAACGGGCGAAACCCUUGAACGAUGGCAAUUUGACAUUCACACAGACGAAUCAGCGAUAAAUAAUCCUUCUUUACCUGGCGGACCAUCGACAAAGGGCAAGAAAAAGGAAAAGACUGAGAAGGAAGUGCAAGGUGAAAUUAGAGAAAUUAUGAAGCAGAUUACGAGUAGUGUGACGUUUUUGCCUAUCUUAGAGGAGGAAUGCACUUUCACUCUUCUGGCAUAUACCAACGAUUCUCCGGAUCUACCUAUACCUGCUACGUGGGGAGAUGCCGACCCUCAUUUGAUCGAUAGAGGUAAAGUGGAACAAGUCAGAUUGAGAAGUUUUAGUACAAACGUGCAUUCGUUGGAAGCAAUGGUCGCUUAUCGAGUUGGAGAAUAA